CUUCAAGAUGAAACCGGCUGUGGAUGAGAUGUUCCCCGAGGGCGCGGGACCCUAUGUGGACCUGGAUGAGGCUGGAGGUAGCACCGGACUCUUGAUGGACCUGGCAGCCAAUGAAAAGGCAGUUCAUGCAGACUUUUUAAAUGAUUUUGAAGAUCUCUUUGAUGAUGUCCAGUGAAGCCGCCCCGUCCUGU